AUGACUGAAUCAUACAUAAUUACACUUACAAACAAGGAAAAAGAGGUAGGAAAGUAUACAGUUGAUCCUGCUCUCUUUUGCCAAUCAUCUAUGAAGUUUAAGAGAGAAUUUAUGACAAAUCCAAAAUCAUACAAAUUCGAAUCGAACUAUAAUCCAGAUAUUUUUGCAGUUUACGUAGAUUCUUGCCAACAGAAAAGAUUUACAGUUACAGAAAACACUGCUUAUCCAUUACUUAAAAUUGCAAAAGAUUGGGAAACACCAGAACUCGUCAAAACUGUUUCAGAAUUCAUAGAAAAAAACUGUGUUCAUCAGCCAUAUAUUCUCAUCCACAGAUCUAAGGGAUAUCAUGAUAUGGUAUAUCCUAUUGAUGCUCCACUCUUUGCAAAGGCUUCUGACAAGUUCAGAGAAAUCUAUGCAGAACAUCCAGAGCAAUAUACAGUCGAAGAUGAAACCACGCCUUCAGUUUUCUUAUCUUUAGUUCUUGCUUGCCAAAAGAGAGCCUGCCAUACAAGUGCCGAUGAAGUUUAUGAACUUCUCGAUCUCGCUACAGAAUGGGGUGCUCCAUUCCUUCAGAAAUACUGUCAAAGAAAGAUCGAAGAAUUCCGUUUGCAGGAUGUUCCAGAUCAGGAUGCCAUUCAAGUACUUCUUGACCAGAUCAAGAAUAAAGAGGAUUUCAGCGAAACUGUUGAACACAUCAUUGAUUACAUAAAUUAUUACAUUCAGCAAGAAAACUUCACAGAUAUCCCAACACAACUGAUCUACUACAUUCUUACAAAGGCAGAACAGAAGGGCGUUGACCAAGAUUUACUUAUUCCAACUGUAUUUAAGAAAUUAGAGAAAUCUCCAGCUGCCGGUGUUCCUCUUAUCCUUCGUCUUAACUUUGAUAAACUCAGCGAAGAUGAAUAUCUCGAAAUUUUCGGAAACGAACAAAUUCACCAACAAAAUCUCAAUUUCUACACUGGAAUGUCGCUUUCUUCCAUUUACGAGAAUACACGUAACUACCUUGAUGGCUUUAACGCCCGUUUCGUUGGUGAAACUAACAGAGUUCUUCGUGAUAUCGACCAAGAUUAUUAUAACAUCUUCCUGAAGUCAAAGAAGGCUCGCGAAACAGAUUUCCGUAAAGUGCGUGAUACACUCAAUCGCCAGCAGGCUCAAAUUGAUGAUUUAAACCGCACAUUAAACACACAACGCGAUUGUUUGACAGAAGCAGCCAUUCGUGCCAAAGAUGCACCAAGCAACGAACAAUUACAACGCCGCGCUCAAUAUUCUAUCAACAAAUCGAUCAAAAAGUGCGGAAAAGCGAUUACAGAUUAUAUCGAUGUUUCUGAUGCUAAAGCGCACGACAUUCUUAAUGAUCUACUUGAGAAAUACCAGAAGAAGCUCGACGACGCUGUUUCCAAGCUCGGUGACAUGCCAGAGGACAAGAAAGAAGCAAUGCGCCAUCAUAAAGAAAGUCUUCAAGCAAUUGGAGAUAGAAACAAGAAGAUUUCUGCAGAUCUCGAUGAUGUCAAGGCUGUUAUGGCUGCAAAGAUUGUUCACGACAAGCUCAAGGGUGACCAGUACAUGCGCAGAACAGAAAACAAGUUGCAAAUCCUUACAGAACCUGGAAUUCUCGGUGUCAAGAAGGAAGAUUUGGAAAGAUCCGAACAGGAGAUCGCAAAACUCGAACAACAGUUGCAAGAAAUUUAUCCAAUCCCUCAAGGUCUUCAUGCUUUUUAA